UGGAAUUGAGGAACAGCGUUACCCGUUGAUAGCUCACAAUCGCUCUAUUCACCUGUCGUCUCUGAUCUUCCUCACGGGCCACUGGACAAUCGAGGUCAUGUAUUUCUAUCGCCAAUAUGCCCCGAACUUGGGUCCUCGCUUUUCACGUCUUUUACGGGAUUGUGUCGUCAAGAGCGGCUUCAUAGUCCACUUUCCUACGUUCGCUUUUUGUCUAUAACGCAAACAACGUUUACACUGCUUGUUCGAAGAUGCUGGCCGGGCAAGGUAUCAAGGCCGUUGCGGUCAUGUGGGCGAUGACCUUCAUCUCCUUUGUCCUGGUCCCGCUGCGGCUAUACACACGGGUAUAUAUCAUGAAAGGAGUUAGAGUGGACGAUCACAUCUUCAAUUUGGCCUGGGUAUUUCUGCUUCUCUACAGCGUCUUCAUCACCAUUGCCGGCGUCCACGGAUUCGGACAACCCAUAACCUCGCUUCCCAUGGACUCCGCCGUCCAAGCCGUGUAUACCGAGAUGAUCGGGCAAACCUUUGCUGUCCUAGGCAUGGCCAUUGCCAAGCUGUCGUUGGGCUUCUUCCUGCUCCGCAUCGUUAUCGAACAAUGGCAUCGGAUCUCCAUCUGGAUCUCGAUGGUCAGCCUAUCACUGGUGUCGCUACUGACGGCAGUUAUUUUCUGGACCCAACGCCUCCCAUCCAAUUCUAUAUAUGAUCCGCGUGUGCCAGGGCGUACCGUCGUUGCCGUGACUCCGUUCUCGGUUCUACUUGGCUCUUGGUGUGCUGUAGUGGAUUUCUACUUUGCCCUGCUUCCGUGGCUCUUCAUAUGGAAACUGAAUAUGAAAUUCAAGGAGAAGAUGUCGAUUGCCAUCAGUUUGAGUCUUGGUUUUAUAGCCUGUGUCUGCGGCAUCAUCCGCACCAUCGAACUGGGUGGACUGUCUAGCGCCAACUAUACAGAGGAUACGGUCAGUCUGGUAAUCUGGUCAGGGGUGGAACUCGCCGUCACCCUCAUCUGCGUUGGCAUUCCCACUGUUCGCCCUCUUUACCGAAAGAUCGUUCAUGGAUCUAACCUAGAGGACUCGGAAGGUAAAUACGUCAAAUAUGACGAUUCCAACCGAUCGUCCCGCUUCCGGAUGCGGAAUUUGGCAAAGGACGACACUCUGUUUAGCGUCGUGCAGGAGAGUAACGUAGAGUCAUAUAUCACUCGCGACAACCGGAGCGAUGAGGGAAUUCUUCCAGGUCAGAACGCAAAUGGCAGUGAUGCUAUCCGCAUUCAGGAGGAGAUUAAGGUGGAGAGAGUCUAGGGUGAAACCCGUGCUGCAGUGUGCCUUUUGUUCCAUCAUAUUGUGAUUUGUCUGUUCACGCUAAUCCUGCGUGUCAUGAUUCCGGAAGAGCUCGGUUUAGGGUCAGAGGUAGCAUGGGUGAUCUCAAAAGAUAUGUCUUUGUCCUGACAACAUAUUAGCUAUAUGUACUCCGUAUACUCUAC